ACGAAUUUGAUUUUUAAUUCUUUUAACGAAUUAUGUGGGAUGGCCACCGGUGAGGGCAAGCAGGAAAAAUAUUGGUAUGAAGAAUAGUAUUUGCAAGUACGUGAAAGUUGCGGUUGAUGGAGCUCCAUAUCUAAGAAAAGUGGAUCUUGAAGUUUAUGAAUGUUAUGACAAUCUUCUCACUGCAUUGAAUACCAUGUUUUCUACUAAUUGCUUCACUAUUCGUAACGAUUUGAUGAAUGAGAAGAAAUUCAUGGAUUCUAGAAAAAAUACGAAUGAAUAUUUGGCUACCUAUGAGGAUAAAGAUGGUGACUGGAUGUUGCUUGGGGAUGUACCCUGGAAGAUGUUUGUUGAAUCAUGUAAGAGGAUAAGGCUUAUGAUUAGCUCGGGGGACAAUAUUGAUUUUGGUUCCAGAUGUACGGCCUCCAGUGAGAAGAAUAAUUAUAGCUAGUGUGAUUAAUGAUCUUAGUCGAUAAACACUUGUUAAUAUGUUAUAUUCUAACUAGGAUACCUUUCAAAGUGCAAAAGCUCCAAUUAGAGUAGUUAAUAUAGGGAAAUUUUAGCAUAUAGUAUAUCUUUGUUGCUUGAUACUGCACCUCUUGUUAAUUACUUUUGGUUUUGGCUUUGAAAAAUAACUUCAAGAGAGCCCGGCUUCUACAUUUUGUGGUCAAUUUUUUAUUUUUUAUUUUAAAUACAUGUACUACUCCACAUUAUGAUCAUCA